AUGGCGACGCAACAAACGAGUUUGAACAAGUUCCUCUGGGAGCGGCAGGCGAGGCUCACGCCGCUGUUUGAGAAGGGCGAUGUGGAUGCGAUUUUGCACUUCUAUCAUGCGGAUUUAGAGUUCUCGGACUAUGCAUGGCACGCCACAAACCUGAACCUCUCCGGCUUCGAAAAGUUUCUCAGAUCAACCUACGACACGUCGUCUUCGCUGAAGAUGGAAACGCACGGCGUGCACGGCACGAAGGCGUUCUCGGUCUGGGAGUGGACGCUGAGAGUCGUCGCCGGCGAGGACGACCCGAUCCGCGGGCUGGUCAAGGGGAAGGAGAUUGUGCUAAGGGGGUGCAGUCUGCAUCAUUGGAGGCUGAGGGAGGGUGGCGAUGAGGAUGCGCUGGCGGACUGGCGGAUUGUGAGGGAGGCGGACUAUGCGUGUGGAGGGGGCCACUGA